UGGGCGAUUCUGGGGCACAGGCAGAACCUUUAUGUCUAGAAUCACAAUUACUGGAUUGUACAGAGCGCAUUUUGUGCAGAGACCCGGGAGAAGAGAAGCGAACAACGAGCCAGGAUGGGAGUCGAGGUCGAAACGAUAACUCCUGGAGACGGAAGCACAUUUCCCAAGAAAGGACAGACGUGCGUCGUGCACUAUGUCGGGUCGCUGACGGACGGACGCAAGUUCGAUUCCUCUCGGGACCGAGGCAAACCCUUCAAAUUCAAGAUUGGCAAGCAGGAAGUGAUCCGUGGUUGGGAUGAAGGAGUGGCCCAGAUGAGUGUAGGACAGCGCGCCAGGCUGACCUGCACUCCGGACUUUGCCUAUGGGAGCAAAGGUCACCCUGGCAUCAUCCCUCCCAACGCCACCCUCAUAUUUGAUGUGGAGCUUAUCGGCUUGGAGUAGAAGCUUUGCCGUUCGACUCAGGUUUUUCCCUAUUUGUUCUUUCAGGGUCGACCUUUUUGGGGAACAUGGCCUCCAGCACAUGAUCCCCGAAAGGGGCUAGUGUUGAUAGCUACACCACUUAGCUUAGCUCUGUAAUCCAUGUGUAUAUUUUGUUAUCUUUUUUAUUCCUUUCUUGUUAGACAUGACCAUUGGUAUGCUCUCACCCACUGGAUGUUCACUAUAAACCCCUUUUUCCCCCUUUCUGCUUUUUCUUUCUUUCUUGGUAUUUGAGUUCUGCAUUGUAAACAUGAUCACUGCACAGGGCUUUGGCUGAGCUGGUAGUCUGUACUCUGGUGGGGAAAUUUGGAUAAUUAUGAAACAAUAAACUACUUGAAAAUAAACAUUGUUUAUAAAAGGACA